AUGGAGCCACUGAACAAUAAACUCCAUCAAUUUCGACGAUCUUUGUCUAGACGCAGAACCGGAGAGACCAUUGGCUUGCAGGUACUUUGCGAUCCUGAAGAUGCCAAGAUAGACAUCGUUGCCGUUCACGGCCUUGGAGGACAGGGCUUCAGCUCAUGGGUUACCUCGGACUCCAAAGGCGGCAAGCCCAAACCCUGGCUGAAGGAACUUCUCGGCGCAGAUAUACCCAAUGCCCGUAUCAUGACGUAUGGCUACAUCUCCGAUGGCAGGAGCUACGGCUUCCUCGUUGGCGACCUCGUCCAUGGCUGGGCGGUCAAACUGGCCAACCAGCUUGCGCGUAAGCGCCAGGGGGAUAAGGCGAGCCGCCGGCCUCUAUUCUUCAUCGCACACAGCCUGGGCGGGUGGAUUGUGAAGCGGGCGCUGAUUCAUUCGAGCGAGGCUGCAGACAUGCAGCUGAGGGACAUUGAACUCUCUACCUGCGGCGUCGCCUUCCUUGGAACCUUGUCUCCUCGGCGGCCGUCCUCGCCUUUGCCGCUGGUACAGGUUAUUAGGAGGACCACAUCGAAUCUGACCGACUUGGACACGUCACGGGCCGACACGGAGUGCUUGCCACAGCAACGUCUGGCUGACAAUAUUGAGUGGCUCAAUUACGAGAUGGAAGCCUUCAAAGCCAUUGCUGACAAUCUGCUUAGGUUGUCGUUCUACGAGACUGAGAAGACGCAGGACGGCUUUGUUGUUGAGCAACGGUUUUCCAUGGCCGGCUCGGAUGGGGUGCAGAUUGGGCUCAAGGCCACCCAUUCGGACCUGGUCAGGUUCCAUGGCCGGGAUGACAACUAUCAGGUCUUUAUUAACAACUUCCGUGACAUGGUGGAUAAGAGCGCAACCUCUGGGUUGCUUAAAUCAAAGCAGAGGGCUUUUGAUGCUACUGCAGUGCACCGCCUCGAAUAUCCCGCACAAGGGUACUCAAUCCCGUACCGACUUCCUGGCGAACCAAAUACUGUGAUCCCUCGCCAGGAUCUUCUUGACCGUCUGGACCACAUGCUGAGCUCCGAUGUGAAUCCAAUGAAUCUGAAGCUCGGAAUAGUCAACCUUUGGGGCUUGGCAGGUACCGGUAAAUCUGCCCUGGCUAGACAUUACGCGGAAAUCAACUGCGAUAAGCUAUCCUUCGUCUUUUGGUUCAGGUCGGAGAGCUGGGAAACUGUCGCAGCCAGCUAUCUUGAGUUUGCAAACACAAUUGUUGAGCACUACGCCAAAGAGAUACCCAGAAGUCAAGUUGAAGAUGAUUUAGGAUUUGCUGGUGUCGAGGAUAUGUUGAAGGUGAAAAGCAUCAUGCAACUAGACAAAUCUCGCGUCAAAUCAGUUGUGGAUUCCGUCAAAGAUUGGCUGCUUCGCCCAGAAAACACCGGAUGGCUGCUCGUUUUCGACAACGUGGGGCCUUCACACGAUGUUUUUGAUUUUAUCCCUGUUACGUUGUCUGGGAAAAUUAUAUUGACAUCUCGGUACAAAAACUGUUGCGACUGGAGCACUGAAUUGCAAGUUGGCGCCAUGGAAGAAGAGGAAGCCGUGCGUCUAUUGGAUGCCAUUGUUGGGAACAAUGCGGCGCAGGAUCCUGCUGAAGCGCUCACGGUCGUUGAGCAGCUUUCGUACCACCCUCAAAGUAUAGCCACGGCGGCGGCUACCAUACGAAAUAAAGGCAUGAGCAUCUUGGAGUACCAUGCCAUGCUUCAGGCAUCAACGUCCAUGACUCUGCUUGGAUCGUCCCUUCACCAGUCUCCUUUGACAAAGACAGUCUUGCAGAUCAGCGCCAUGCUCUCCACGUCUGUGAUACCCGUGGCUCUGUUUAGCGCCACGUCGCAGUUAGAUGAAGCCCCCGAGCGACUAAGACCUAUUCUUGGAGAAAUAAGAGCCUUCCAAGACUCUGGCCAGCUGGAUGAUGUACUACAAUACCUACUGGACCAAAACUUCAUUAAAACGCCGAGUUCCCCUUCCGAUACAGCCUCGUCGCUGGUCCCUUCAUCUCCCUCUUCUCUGUCUUCUUCACAAACAUCGGCAUAUUUCGAUGCUUUUGUCGUUGACCCAGAAGCACGAGAAUACGUUCGCGGGAUGCUCUCAGACGAAGAAAAAGUUGACAACGCCUGGAUGGCGUGUAACGUUUGUGUCGAUGGAAUCAAGAAUAAGGCCGCGCAGUCAACCACAGUACAGGAAAUCCACGACUUUGGCAGAAUUAUGGGACCUCACGCGAAGACAUGUUUUGAUGACUGGGCUGACGUGCUGCAGGCGUCAUCAGAUGAGGUUGAUGUCGCCUGGCAUGUUCUCGGUCAAGUGUGCAUGACACAAGGCGAUAUUGACCAAGCUAUCGGGUGCUUCGCAUCAUCUCUACGACGGCAGCCUAAUCGAAUGGAUGCCGAAGAACGCAUACAGGUCGCCUUGUGCCUAUCGUCUCUGUUGCAGGAGACGGGGCGGCAUACAAGGAGCAGUGAGGUACUCGCAGGCAUUGACAUUGCCUCGGCCGACCAAGAUUUAGGAUUCAAAGUUGCACUGGCACGUGCAUCUGCCACUGCUGCUUUGGGCGAACUAGAAGACGCAAAACACCAGUACCAAACGCUUGAGCUUGAGCAAGAGGAGGCCCUUGGCCCACUUGAUGUCACCACCGUGAGCACCAUUCAAAAACUAGCGGCAAACUUCGAACAAAGGGGCAAACACGACGUGGCAAAGGCUCUGUACAGUCGAGUGUACAUUUCAUAUCAAAAUAUAUACGGCCAUGGCGACCGCAUGACUCUCGACGCGCUUGACGAUCUGGCCAACAGCCUUAUGGAAAGCAAGGCCAUUGACGAGGCCGAAAACCUAUACAAACAAUCAAUCGAUAUCCAGACACGUGCUCUUGGGCCACAUCAUCCCCAGACGGCGUAUGCUAUACGGAAACUCGGGCUGAUUGACUAUCUUCGCGGUCGCUACGCCGACGCCAAAGUCAAGUACCAACAGGCACUCGACAUUAUCGCUCCUACCCUUGGUAAGGGACAUCCUUCCUAUACCGCCACACUGGAAGACAUGGCAAUCUCGUGCCGUCGCCACGGAAACUCCCUCGCUCAGAGUCUGCCACCUCGACCUGCUACCUCCCGCACAACAUCCAUCCUGAAGCGCAAAAAGACCAAAUCCAUCAAAAUGAAGGAGGACGCCAUAGCGAGAGAAGUCAGCUGUCGACAAGCCUUUGAAGAAGCGGAAAAGUUAUACCUGGAUGUUUUGACCAUUAAAAAGUCUGCUAGACAAAUGUAUUCGGAAGAUAAGAUUGAUUCUACGUGGAGGAAGUUGGAAGACAUGUAUGAGUACGAGACAUUCUUUGACGAAAACAGUAAGGAGCGGUUAGAAAAGCUGGAAGCCCUAUCGAGAGAGUGUCGUAGAAGGGGGACGGUAUGA